AUGCGCAACUUGAAAAACGUGCGCCUCGCAGAGGUGCAGCUUCAGGAUGGGCUUCCUCUCACGGCGACAGCUUGGGAUACAGCUUCUGAUGCUGUUAUCUGCACAUUUGGCCCUACGCCCACGAACGCAGUCAUCGAGCUCCGGAGAAAGUGCGUGGAUGCGUAUUUCUCGGAUCCCGUGAGCCCAGAAAUCUUCGACACUAUCGCAUCUUGGGAUGCACCAUGUCCCCUGCCACAUCUUGAAUGUGAUCGGGUUCUUUCUCUGCACUACUUUUCGGACACUCUCACAGCGUGUCUUGUCCUGGAAGGAGGUGACAUUGUCAUUGUCCGUGAAGAGCCUCUCCCUGGCGAGGAUAAGAUCGAGAUUGUGGGCUCGGUCGACGUCGGCAUUACAGCUGCCGCAUGGUCCCCUGAUGAAGAGCUACUGGCUCUGACUACUGCGGCCAAUACAUUCCUGUAUAUGACUAGAGAGUUUGAGAACGUUGCCGAGAUCACCUUCACCCCAGAUGACCUCAAAGCGUCCCAGCACGUCUCCGUGGGCUGGGGAAAGCGUGAGACUCAGUUCCAGGGAAAAAGAGCCAAGGCCAUGCGAGACCCAACUGUCCCGGAGAAGGUGGACGAGGGAAAACUCAGCGGCAAUGAUGACGGCAGAACCACUAUUACUUGGCGAGGAGACGGCGCUUUCGUUGCGGUCAAUAGCAUCGUUGAAGGUAUCCGCCGUGCAAUUAGGGUCUAUUCCCGCGAGGGUACUCUGGACAGUGUUAGUGAGCCAGUUGAUGGCCUAGAGGGAGCGCUCAGUUGGAGACCCUAUGGCAACCUCAUUGCUGGUAUCCAGAGGCUGGAUGACCGGAUUGAUGUGGUCUUCUUUGAAAGGAACGGUUUGCGCCACGGCCAAUUCACUCUCCGUCUGGCUGAAGAAGAGCGAUCUACGUGGGCGUCAAACAUAUACUUGAGCUGGAACGUUGAUUCAACAGUUCUCGCGGUUCAAUUCAAGGACAGGAUACAAUUCUGGACCUCGGGUAACUACCACUACUAUUUGAAGCAGGAAAUCCCCAUCGUUACAAGCCCUGAGAGCCGGGUUGCCUACAAAUGGCACAACGAGAAAGCUCUGCGUUUCGUUGCUGGAGCCUCUGAAUCGAUUUUGGACGGGGAAUUUGUUUUUGAAGUCUCUCAUGGCUCAACCACAAUUCCUAAUGAUGUUGGAGCUGUUGCGGUCAUUGAUGGAAAAACCCUAAGAUUGACGCCUCUGAGACUAUCCGGCGUGCCGCCCCCUAUGGCCCACAAUGAGCUACAUCUUGAUGCAAACGCCAUUGAUGUAGCCUUUAGCAAGUCAGGGACAAGAAUCGCUGUCCUCACAAACGACCACUUCUCCGUCUAUUUAUGGUCUCUUAAAUCUAGGCCGGUGCCUGCUCCCAUCCUGGAGUCAAGCUAUCCGUUGUCUGAUGAGAAGGACAGCCGUCCUCGUCAGAUAACCUUCAUUAACGACAAUGAAGUCUACAUUCUGCGCAGCAGAGGGCCGAACAACACUUGUAUCGAGCGGACCACGUUAGAGACACGGGAGACCAAGGUCGUUUACGAAGCAGCAGACUCUGAACAUCUGGUUUCCAUGUUUUCCAGCCUAGGACAUGAAGCUCUCUGGUUCUCUCACGUUCCUCAACCUGGACAGUUGAUAACCUACUCUAACAUCACAAUGCCAUCAUCCGAUGAGUUCCACGUCACGCCCUGGACUCAAACUCCUGCCGUUGACACAUACUGGGCCGAGAGCGCUCAAAUAUUUGAAUAUGAACACGUAUUGGUGUCCUUGUCGAGGACCGGAAGUCUCUAUGCGAAUAAGACGCUGCUUGCGAAGAACUGCACGUCCUUCCUUGUUACCUCUUCCCAUGUCAUAUUCACAACUUCUUUGCAUUUGCUCAAAUUUGUUCAUCUCCGCCGUGCUGAAGACAUGGAGGUCCCUCCCGACACCCCAGAGACGGACGAACGUUGCAGAAGCAUUGAACGUGGGUCACGCCUAGUCACCGUAAUGCCAUCCACAUUCUCGGUCAUUCUGCAAGCUCCCCGGGGUAACAUUGAGACGAUCUACCCAAGAGCCCUCGUGCUAGCGGGUAUCCGGUCUUUUAUUGAUCGGAAAGACUACCGCUCUGCAUUCCUCACCUGUCGCAGCCAGAUGGUGGAUAUGAACAUUAUCCACGACUACGCUCCUGAGCAGUUCAUGGAAAGUAUCACGUUGUUCGUGGACCAGGUCAAAAGGGUUGACUUUGUCGACGAGUUCCUUUCCCGCUUGAAAGAAGAAGAUGUCUCACAGACGCUCUACAAGGACACCCUAAAAGCACUGGACGUGGAAGCUGCACCAGAAAGCGGUCUCGCCAUGACAGCAAAGAAAAGCAACAAGGUCAACCGGAUUUGCGAUGGCUUCCUGGCCGCUCUGGAGAAGCGAUCGGAUACUAACCUACACAACCUCAUCACUGCGCAUGUUUGCAAGUUGCCACCGGACCUUGAAUCCGGUCUCCGACUAGUAGCACGCUUGAAAGAGGAGAGUUCUGAACAAGCAGAGGAUGCUGUGGAACAUAUGUGCUUCCUGACGGAUGCCAAUAGGCUCUAUGACAGUGCACUGGGUCUCUACGAUCUAGAGCUUACACUGCUCGUAGCCCAACAAGCUCAGAGGGACCCCCGCGAAUAUCUCCCAUUCCUGCGGAAGCUCCAGCAGCUCCCAGAUCUGCGUCGAUACUUUGAAAUCGACAACUACUUAGGCAGAUGGGCAAAGGCCCUCGGACACCUCCACGGAGUAGGCGCACACGACGAACUCCGGGAAUACGUGGUCAAGCACGUUCUGUACAAAGACGCCAUCGACAUUUACAAAUACCAGCCUGAUCAACUGCGCGACGUCACCCACCUCUACGCAAAACAUCUCUACGAGGAAUCCCAGUACAAGGAUGCAGGAAUUGCCUACGAAUCUCUCUCCCUCUACACAGACGCCUACAAAUGCUACCAGCUCGCCCAUCUCUGGCGCGAAUCUCUUUACACCGCAAUGCUGGUCCCUCUACCCCCAGCCGAGCUAACAACACACGCCACCGACCUCGCCACGACCCUAGUCGAAGAAGACAAAGACUACCUCUCCGCCUCGCAAAUCCACGCCGAACACCUCCACGAUAUCCCUACCGCCGCCCGCCUCCUCUGUCGCGGCUCGCGAUUUUCCGAUGCAUCGCGCCUCCUCACCCUGCACGGCGUGCAAUCCCUCGUCCCUGAAAUCGUGGACGCUGCACUCGCGGAUGCCAUGGGCUCAAUGACCGACCUCCUCGCCGACUUCCGCUCCCAGCUACAGGCGCAGGUCCCUCGCAUCGCGGAACUGCGUGUGCGCCGUAUCCACGACCCACUGGCUUACUUCGGCGGUGACCCCACUAUGGCCGAUGGUGGCGCAGGUGUGGAAAUUCCCGAUAACGUCUCGCUAGCAGCAACAGAUGCCUCGACUCUCGCUGGUAAGAGUAUGUUUACGCGGUACACGGGCAAGACAUCGUCUGGUAAAACGACGUCCUCGCGCCAGAGUUCGCGAAACCGCCGUAAGGAAGAGCGUAAGCGUGCUCGUGGGAAGAAGGGAACUGUUUAUGAGGAGGAGUAUCUGGUCAACAGUGUGCGCCGACUCAUCGAGCGUGUUGGCGCGACGGUCUCGGAGGUGGAUAAUCUGGUUGAUGCGUUACUGCGCAGGGGCAUGAGGGAGCGCGCUGCGGCGAUUGAGAAGGCUAUGAGUGAUGUGCUGAAGCUUUGUGAGGAGAGUCAGGAGGAGGUUUUUGCUGCCCAGCAACAGCAGCAACAGCAGGAGCAAGAGGGGGAGCAGGCUGCUGAUGUUGAGAACUUUGUGAACGGUCCUGUGGAUGUUCCGAUGCCGCAGGGUGGGCAGAGGGUAUUCUGGGAGAGCAUUGUGUCGACCAUGGGUGUUGGGAAGGGACAGGAGCCGCCGAAAAUUAAACAGAUGAAGAAGUCGGCGUUGUUGAAUUAA